AUGCCAACUUCUAUAGAGAGCUCUGUGCUGGGGAAGGACCAGCAAGAGAGUAAGAAGGUGACAGCCACCACAGCCCUUGGAACAGAUGAUUCCGUAGCUAUUUACAUCAGUCUUCAGAUGUUCAACAAAGGAGCCCCUGGUGCGACCCUGGCUGAGUGGCAUCUCCGUGCCUCAGGCAUUGCUCCUAACGUGUUUGUUCCUGUUCAUGCAGGACUUAUGGCAAGACGGGCAAACCAUCUAAAACCUGUAGAACUACUUAAACCAGGUGGACCUUUUGAAUCUCUUUGCAUCAACUAUCUGGACAUGGCUCUAUUAGGUAAAUAUGCAUAUGUCUGUUUCCCCAAAAAGUCUUCUUCAAAGUUCACAGAGAUCAAUCGCCGCAUACUGUGCUCCUUCAGCACAGACAUAGAGGACCUCUUCUGGGAAAUCGACCACUGCCUGGCCAUAAACCGAAGUGUUCUUCAGCAGCUGGAGGACAGGUGUGGCCAUGAGCUCACAGAAGAAGACUGGGAGAAGAUCCAGAUCCAGGCUCUGCACCGGGAGACCUCUGAGUGCCCCAUCUGCCUCGCCCCACUCCCAGCCAGCAGUGGCGGUCACCAGGACCCAUCGGAGACGCGCUGCGGCCAGGCUUCCCGAGAGAUAGUCCUCCUGUCCUGCUCACACGUGUUCCACCACACGUGUCUCCUUGCUCUGGAGGAGUUCUCACUGGGGGACAGUUCUCCUUUCCAUGCUUGUCCCCUCUGCCGCUCUGGCUAUCAAAAGAAAAUUCUUGAAUGUUGA